AUGCGCCUCAUCAAAGACAACAUCGAGCAUGAUGGCUCCGGAACCAUCACUCUCUUCCCAGAAGAGCCAGAAGACAUGUGGCACAUCUACAACCUCAUAACUCCUACCGAUAUUCUGCGCGCCAGCGCCAUACGGCGUGUUACCAGCGAAUCCAGCACCGGCAGUACAUCCUCGAUCCGCGUACACAUCAAACUAUCCAUCCGCGUAACAUCCAUUGACUUUGACCCUCAAGCGGGCCAACUACACGUCAGCGGUCGCGUAUGCGAGGAAAAUAAAUAUGUCAAGAUUGGCGGAUUCCAUACACUCGAUCUCGAACUUCAGCGGAAUUUCACAUUAGAGAAACAUGAUGGCUGGGAUUCUAUCGCACUAGAUGUAGUGAAAGAAGCCGUGCGACAGGAUAAAGAGGGUGUUGUACCUGCGGUGGUUAUGCAGGAGGGUAUGGCGAAUAUAUGUUUAAUCACCGAGCAUCAAACCAUCUUAAAACAGAGAGUCGAGGUAGGAAUACCGCGGAAAAGAAAUGGAAUGGCCGGAGAUCACGAUAAAGGACUCCAAAGAUUUUACCAAACGACAUUCGAGACGUUAUUAAGGCAUGUGGACAUUACCCAACCACGACCAUUAUUACUGGCAAGUCCCGGAUUCGUAGCCCAGGGAUUCCAAAAAUAUAUACUGGAUGAAGCUUCCAGGACGGGAAAUAAAGCAUUGUUGGCCAAUAAAAGCAAUUUGGUGGUAGUGCACAGCAGUUCCGGCCAUCUCCACAGUCUAAACGAAAUUCUCAAAAGUCCAGAAGUACUAGUGAAACUCCGCGAUACAAAAUACGCCCGUGAAACCCGCUUUAUGGACGAAUUCAUGUCACUCCUCCGCGAAGACGAUGGAAGAGCCUGGUACGGUCCUACCGAGGUCGAAAAAGCUGUUGAAAAAGGAGCUGUAGGACGAGGAGGCGGUGUUUUAUUGAUAAGUAACGGUUUAUUCCGCAGUCAGGAAAUUGGAGUCAGGAAGAGAUGGGUCACGUUGGUUGAUAAGGUCAAGGAGGAGGGUGGGGAGGCGAGAGUUUUGAGUAGUGAUCAUGAGAGUGGGAAGAGGUUGGAGGGACUAGGCGGGAUUGCAGCGAUCUUGACAUUUCUGUUGGAGGAUUUGGAUGAGGAUGAGGAUGAGGACAAAAAGGAGGAAGAUACCCCGGUGGCGGCAAUGCAGGGUGUGUCUCUUAUAUAG